CCGCCCUUUCUCGUGCCGAUGGACGCCGCCGAGGUCGAGUUCCUGGCCGAGCAGCAGCCGGUCGCCAUCAUCCCCAGCUUCAGCCUGGACCGCAUUUACCUCAUCGGGGGGGACUUGGGUCCCUUUAAUCCUGGGCUGCCUGUGGAAGUACCUCUCUGGUUGGCGAUCAACCUGAAACAGAGACAGAAGUGUCGACUGAUACCUCCAGAAUGGAUGGAUGUAGAAAAGUUAGAGCAAAUUCGAGAUCAGGAACGCAAAGAAGACACUUUCACCCCAAUGCCUAGUCCUUUCUACAUGGAAUUGACUAAGUUGCUGUUGAACUAUGCUGUGGAUAAUAUUCCAAAGGCAGAUGAAAUCCGAACCUUGGUUAAAGAUAUAUGGGACACACGGAUAGCCAAACUCCGGUUGUCUGCGGACAGCUUUGUCAGACAGCAGGAAGCUCAUGCCCGGCUGGAUAAUCUGACGCUGAUGGAGAUCAACACCACCGGUGCUUUCCUUACUCAAGCAUUAGAUCACAUGUACAAGCUCCGAACCAGUCUCCAGCCCGGAGAGAAUGCCCAAUCCCAGGACUUUUGAAGGCAGCAAUCUUCCAUGAAAUGUGUUCCUGGCAGCCUGCCGAUUCCCGAGUCUUAAGCAAGCACACAUGUGAUACUAUUUGGCAAAUUAUUCAAAGCGAAAACUCUGCAUCAUGACCGAGUCAGUGUAACAUCAUUCUGGAUAGCCUGAACUAGUUGGAAGCUAAUGGAACGUUGAGGCUGCGGCGUUCUAGCCAGCCCAGUCUGCCAUCGUUGCAAAACGGUGUGACCUCAGCAGUGGAGGUGCAUGUUACCUUCCCCCAACAAAUAGAUGCUCUUCGCCAACAACACUCCAGCGUCCCGACGUGUGGCUGCCCUUCCAGACGAAUUGGCCGUAGCUUUUGCUUCUGGGCUGGAUUUUAUUCUCCCUCCAGGAGGAGGAAGCACAUUGGUUCCGGCACCUAAGGAUCCAGUUGCAUGGCACUCCUCUGGGCCUACCUGGGGAGUGAGGUGUGUAUUCCAGUCCCUCUUUCCGACAGGACCCAGAGCUUCCACCAUGAUAUCGCUGAUUGCAGUCUUUGUCUGUCAGCUGUCCUCCGAGAUAAAGGGUUUUCUCUGGUUGCCUUGACAGCAGCUACUGAAGUGCACUGCUUUUGUGUAAGAGUGUCUGCUAAGAGGGGGAGACAAUGGGGCUGCAAGACAAGGCACAUCACUUGGUCUGGUUUGUGUUCUUUUUAUCCCUGCUGUGAAGGGUCGCCUUUAAUUUGCUGGAGACUCCCUGCAGUUACAGCUGGUUUCCACGGGCAUUCAGUGCUUGAUCUGGUUUCCACUGGCCAUUAGUCACACAGCAAAUGUUGCUGAGUAUCUGGCUUAUCGCCUUCCUUAGAAGCCACUUGAGCGGAGGAGAAUACUAGGAUUGUGGCCUAAAUGCGGCUACAUGAAGACUCGUUCGUGGGACAGGUUGGCCUAGGCAGCGGUGGGUGCGUUCUGCAGUAGUCCUCUGACCUCUUGCCUCUCUGUGGGGUGUUUCGGAUAAGGAAGUUCAAAUGUUUGAACUGCGCAGACUGCGCUUGUGUACAUGUUAGUGAAAGGUUCACCAGAAACUGAAUCGCUUGAUCUUUUAUCAUGAAGAGUUCUGGUGCAAAUUCCAUCUGUUUUUCUUAUUAACCUUAGUGAGCUUUUCUUUUGUUCUAUUUUAUUUGCAGUGUUAUGUGACAUUCCAAGAAUGAACCUUUGCCUACAAGCACAUUUUUAAUAUUGCAUCAUGAAGUUGUUAAAGAUGGGGCAAGAGUUUGCUUAUAGCGGACUAGCAUGUUCUCUCCAAACACACCACUUAAACCUGGUUUUAUUAUGCUCCCAGAGCGGUUUACAGUACCAGUCGUAGUCUUCAAAUAGUCAGAAUCAAAAUGCAUUAUAUAUUUUAUUCAGGUGUUAUAGUCAUACACUGCCAUAGUGUCUAAUAAUUUGCUGUCUACUAUCCCUUGCAUCUUUUUCCAUGCUACUUAAAGUUUAUUUGUGAUACUUGUCAGCGUUUUGGAAAUUAUGUCAUUGCUUAACUUUAGCCAUUCUAGCUUCUAGUAAGUUUCUAGUUUAUUCAUUGCAGGAAAAGUCAUGACCUACCUUAUUGGUCUGGUUGUAAGGUUAGCUAUAAGGUGUUUAUAGGGUGUAAAUGCCAUAUAAAGCUGGAUGAAGCUGCUAGUGCUGCAGGAUUUGAUCUUUUUCUUCCAAAGGUGCCUUUAAAUGUGGUUAGUGUUGCUGUUUUUAAUUUCCACAGAGUCAGUGUAACUUUUUCACCAUUGGGGUUGGGAAAAUAAUCCUUUGUCAUGAUUUAGGAACAGUUUAUUUUUGGAUGUUGUCAGAAAUUACAGCAAUAUAUUCAUAAAUACCUAAUUACUACAUUCAACAAAUAAUAUAUUACAUUACAUUUAGUUCAAACAAGUACACUUAAAACAGGUUAAAUUUGUCUCACAGCAUCUAAACUGCCCCAGCAGGCUGGGCUUUAUCCUCCUGCUCUCCCCUCCUGCUCUGUUGCUGGAGAAAUUUCGCAUUAGAACAAGACGUCAGCAUGGUCCUGGGGUCAAGGGAGAGCAAAUGUUUGAGAAUUUAAGCAGUGGGCCAGGGCCAGGUAGUUUCUACAUGGGUUAUGGGAGCAGAAUACAUUGCCUUCCAUUGUUAAAGUUAGAAAAGGAGAGAACUCUUUGAAAGAUGGGUUUCUCCGUGGUAGGGUCUUGUGAUUUCUUAAUGGUCCAUUUUUAGCCUCCGCAUUUAUGAUUUUGCAUUAUAUGAGGAAAAGGAAUAUUUCAAAUAAUGGGUACUUUCACUGAAUGGGAAAUUGAUGCUGACCCGGCAUCUUGUGUACCCUUGUCUGAGGCUGGAUUAGAAUCCAACUGAGUUUGACAAAGCGCACACUCAGUUUUCACGACUGUUAUCCAUCUAUAAGGAGAUCAAGCCAGUCGGCUCUCGCGCGUGCCCUUAAACAGCACACGUUGUCAGGCCUGCAAAUGCUGAAGUGAUGUGGUGCCAAUGCCUUCCCACAGAAUGUAGCCUGCGUUUCGCUCAGUUGAGAGAAACUGCACUCAGUGCAGUUGUAUUCAGAAACGUGGGUGCAGUGGCCUCCCUUGGGAAUGCCCGUGUUUGCUCCUGCCCACUCUCUCAUCGGUUAAACUAGGAAGCAAAAGGUACGGUCCGUUCUGAUGUGAAAGACACUGCAACUUCUGGAUGAACUUGCUGUGAAGAUAGCAGCCCAUAUGCCCCUCGUCUAACACCCAAUUUGGAUAGUGUCGAAGUAGGGAAGAAAAUAGAAAAUUAAUCUAGUUAGAAAUUUAUUAAUAGAGCCAUUAAUUUUCAGCUCAUCUUUUUUCUCAGACGCCUAAAGGUAGUGGAACUUCCUGCAUCACUACUACAAAUAUGUAUUGCAUUCCCACAUGGCUAGCAACUGUAAAUGUGUUCCAGAAGUGUUUUCUGGCCAAAACUGAAACCUGAAUAGCAACGAACAUUAAUGCUGUGGUCCUAUAAUACUUUUCAGCUGAUGUUAAGUUUAAGGUAUAGUUUUGCAUUUUCCUUUUUUGGCAAACUCUAGUUAUGGAAUAAAAUGGCAGCCAUGAUAAACAGGUAGAGGUUUCUUUUUCCUGGUGAAGGCAAAUGGGUGAGCCUAACAGUAUUGACAGGAAAAAAUAAUAAAUGACUUUUGCUCUUUCCUGCUAUUUUUCUCUCAUGCUCCAUUAGAGCCGAUUGUCUCAGUAUAUCAAGGAAGGAUAUGCAGAACACUAUUACAGAAGCUGUCAGGCAUGGCUGGCUGAAGGAGCACCUGGUAAUUGAAAGAGAAACUCACACAUGCAUGCUCUUUGUAUCUAGGAACAAGGCUUUUUAACUUGGGGACCAAAUUUGCUCUUGAGUGUACCUGCUUAUAACAGAUAUACUUUCUUUUGGAGGGUGGUCAGGGCUUUGGUAUUCAUAAAAGUUGCAUAGAAAAUGGAAUUAUGGCAGGUCUAGCUUUCUCAAAGGGUGAAGAACCUGCACCAGCUGGAUCUUCUAAGAGAUUAAAGGGCAUAGAAGCAUUGCUGUCCCUUGCAGCUGAUCACCGAGUAUGGUAAGAACGUAAGAACUUGCUUUUCAUUCUAGGUGUUCAGCAAAAUAGUUUUUCUAUAGCAACAACCAACAUCGCACAUCAGCAAGUAAAAUCUCAGAGUACAAAAAAAGGAUAAAAAUAGCCCAGUGACUGCAGACGGCAAGUUCCAGGGUUGUGGUAUUUGUCUUUUCGAAGUAUUGUGCUUUUGCCAUACUUUUGUCAGCAAGAACUGGUUGGUGGUGAAUGGAAGAGUUAAGGCUGGGAAAGCCAUUCUGAACUUGCUUGUGGGAACUGAACCUCACUUUUCGUGUAUGGGCCACUCAGCAAAUACAAAAAGUCCGGGCCUGUAACAUUUUGUGACUGACACUCUUAAGAUACUUACAAAGUUAUUUUAAGAGACAGGGACUCCUCUUUACAUGUAUUGCUUUGUCACACUUCACACAGCGGAGAAGGCAGCCUCGACAGACAACUGGAGCUUGGAGUUUUCUUACUGCAAACUUCCAGACCGAAUAUCAGUUGCCGCAUGGAUAUCUUAUCUGUCUUGCCCUGCAAUAAUGCCUUUUUCUGUUGAUGUUAUAGUUAAUAGUGAUAAUUAAUGAAGUGUGGAAAAGAAUAGCAAAAUUAUGGCCAAGAUGUUUUGCUGGAGAAAGGAGUUUCAUUUCAAAUUUGAACAGGCACUAUUUAGGUAAGGAAAAAAUGCCAGUGCACAUCGGCUCUUGUUGACCGGUCAAAGGGGUCGGAUUUACGGCAGUGGCUGAGAGAGCCAGGAUAGGAUAGACCUUAAAAGUCAUGUAAGGGCCGUGGGCAUUGAGGAUCCAUGACUUUUGAAUCAAGAACGAUGGGCUGUUGCUUGGAUACAGACAGUGCCGAGACCCUCCUCACAGCGGACGGUGAAACCAGAUCCUUUGUUUCAGCGAUGGAACUACAGGGCUGCAGGUACGAAUCGCAUGAUUGUGAGGGCAGGUCGGUUGCCUGUUGUGCUGUUUGCAACAUGGGUGUCAAUCGGGUGCUGCAUGCAGCCAGUCCACACUGUUGCGUUUACUCGUACGCUUCGGUUCACUGGUGAAUGGAAUCGCAACAUACCACUCUGUGUGUGUUUGUGUGAGUGAGAAGCAGUUUGGAGACAGCUAGUUUGAGGCACACUUCACAAGAUUUUCCUUUCUUUGCAUAAGCUUUUUUUUUUUUUUUUGUAGUUUUUGGACUGAACUUUUUUUCUUUGGAAACCUCACAGAGUUGAUGCUGCUGUGAUUUCAGUCAGUGUUGGUGAACUGAGCAAGUACUGGAUGUUGACUGCGAGGAUUGUAAUUUAGUCCCUAAAUCGUGGUCUCCUCAGAUUGCAACCCUGGAUUCUCAAUAGCAGCUGGUCAUGUGACAUUCAGUAUUUCAAGUACUUGAAGAAAUGUAAGGUAGGGAGCAGGAGAAAGGGGAAGUGCCUGGUUUUAUAGUAAGAGAAUUCACUGUACCACCAACCAGGUGCUACACAUUGCAAAAUACUUAGAAGUGAUAGCACGUGCCCCAGUGGAAAGCUUUUUCUUUAAAAUUUUUUUUUUAAACACUUCAAUAUUUUUUCAUGUCCUGACCAGCAGCAGUACAAACACUAAAAGCAAGCUACCGUUUUGCCAAAAAAAAAAAAAAAGCAGAAACAUAUUGAAAAUGGCAAGCUUUUUAUAACAAUAAUUAAAGUAAUAAAACAUACAAAACAUUUUAAAUAUAUACACAGUACAAGGCUGAAGCACCUUUUUUCAACUCUUUAAUUGCAAAAUCUUUGUAUGAAAAUUCUACCCACUGGGGUACAUAAUCUGUGUGUAUUGUAUGUAUAUCACUGUUCUGUACAUCCUCCCCUUCCCAGUAAUAAAACGGUACCUUCAGUUUA